CAGUCAGUCGCAGAUUCCAUCGAAUCAGAUUCGUCGUCUUUGCUCAGUGGAGGUUCCACACGGGAUUCCAUUUGCGCUCCUGCGGAAACCAGGGGGCUGUGAGCUGCCCCUUCCCUCAGCUGUGAAGAAGCAGACGGAGAGCAACGUUCUCAUCUCCUCCAAAGACCUCCUCACUAGUGAACCUCGCAGCAAUGCCUCCACCGAUGCGUCACCGCUCCAUGCGUGUUUUCAUGAACGACGACCGCCAUGUCAUGGCCAAACACUCCACCAUCUACCCCACUCAAGAGGAGCUGGAAAGUGUACAGAACAUGGUAUCCUGCACGGAGCGCGCCCUGAAGGCCGUCUCUGAUUGGCUAGAUAAGCAAGAGAAGGAGACGACGAAACCUGACCCGGAUGGUACAGAGGCUGACAAGGAAAAUGAGCAGAGAGACCACGCUGCUCGCUCUCUGCGGGGUGUCAUGAGAGUCGGCCUGGUCGCCAAGGGACUUCUCUUGAAGGGGGACUUGGACCUAGAACUGGUCCUUCUCUGUAAGGACAAGCCCACCGUCGGUCUGCUGAAGAAAGUGUCUGAAAACCUUGAAAUGCAGCUCAAGCUGAUCGUAGAGGACAAAUACGUGGUAACGCAGAACAUCCGGGAAGCCAGUAUCGUCAUCCAGAACACCAGUGAGCCCCCCCUCACUCUCACCAUAAACCUGACCUCCCCAUUGGUUCGUGAGGAGAUUGAGAAGGCCGCAGCUGGAGAAACGCUUUCAGUCAUCGAUCCUGCGGAUGUUCUGGACAGGCAGAAAUGCCUGACUGCCUUGGCGUCUCUCCGCCACGCUAAGUGGUUCCAGGCCAGAGCCAACGGACUCCGCUCCUGUGUUAUUGUCAUCCGGAUCCUGAGGGACCUGUGUUGUCGUGUUCCGACGUGGGCUCCUCUCCGCGGUUGGCCCCUGGAGCUGAUCUGUGAGAAGGCCAUCGGUACCGGGAACAGGCCCAUGGGGGCCGGAGAGGCUCUGCGCAGAGUUCUGGAGUGUCUGGCGUCAGGGAUCCUCAUGGCAGAUGGUGCUGGGGUCUCUGAUCCAUGUGAGAAGGAGCCCACCGAUGCUAUUGGUCACCUGGACCAGCAGCAGAGAGAAGAUAUCACAGCGAGUGCACAACAUGCCUUACGACUGUCAGCAUUUGGACAGCUUCACAAAGUGCUUGGAAUGGACCCCCUCCCCUCAAAGAUGCCCAAGAAACCUCCAAACAAGUCCCCCAUGGAUUACACUGUUCAAAUCCCACCCAGCACAGCCUACGCCCCCCCAAUGAAGAGGCCCAUCGAGGAGGAGGAGGGGCCAGAUGACAAGAGUCCUAACAAGAAGAAGAAGAAGUUGCAGAAGAAAUCCACUGACGAGAAGGCGGAGCCUCCACAGUCUAUGAACGCCCUGAUGAGACUCAACCAGCUGAAGCCGGGCCUCCAGUAUAAACUGGUCUGUCAGACCGGACCCGUCCAUGUCCCCGUCUUUACAAUGUCUGUGGAGGUGGACGGGAAAACCUUUGUGGCCUCUGGCCCGUCCAAACGCACCGCCAAGCUGCACGUGGCCGUGAAGGUCCUGCAGGACAUGGGUCUGCCUACAGGUGUGGAGAUAAAGACGGAGGUCAAGUCAGAACCAGAGGAGACCAGUGUUACCCCAGAGGAGGAGAAACCGGUUGUUCUUCCUGCAGAAACGACCACAGCUGCCAAACCAGAGGACAGUCCAGACACCAGCGGCGCUGCAGAGGUACAGAACAAGGACCAGACCGCUCGUCAGCAGGGACCAAUACUGACCAAAAAUGGCAAGAACCCUGUCAUGGAGCUGAAUGAAAAGCGCCGUGGCCUCAAGUACGAGCUGAUCUCAGAGACCGGCGGGAGCCACGACAAGCGCUUUGUCAUGGAGGUGGAGAUCGACGGGCAGAAGUUUCAGGGGACGGGGUCCAAUAAGAAGGUGGCCAAGGCCUUCGCUGCUCUGGCUGCUCUGGAGCAGCUGUUCCCUGAAGGCUCUGUGGUGGAGGCUGCGAAGAAGAAGAAGGGACCGCCCAUGCACACAGUCAUUUUCAGUAUCAUGGGCCCCCCCAUGCACGAAGAUACAGGUCUGCCCAGGGGCAGAGGGCGAGGAGGCCGAGGGCGUGGACGAGGGCGAGGCUACAACAAUGGAGGAGGUUACGCUCAAGCAGGUGGAUUUGGGACGUACGGCUACGCCACGCACAACAGCUCGAAUUCAUUAUACAAUUACUACAUUGAUGGUGGCACAAAUGGAGAGUCCGGGGAAUCGAGCGGCUCACAGGACAGCCCGUCAUCUAACACCACGCCACCAGGGGGACAGAGCUCGUACGGCUCGUACUACCAGAAUGACGGGGGCUACAGCGCCGCCUCUGCUGCUAAAGCCCCUAAAAAGAAACCCCCCGUGCACAAAGGAGCAAAAGCGUCAUUUCAAGGUCCUCCUGGAACAAACGGUGGAUCUUCAGGAGGCUACCAGUCCAGCAGUCCUGGAGGUCAGGGGUCGUACAACCAGUACAGCCAGGGUUACGGACAAGGAAAGAAAAGUUUUAACCAGAACCAAGGAGGCACGGGUGGAUACAUGUACAGCACCGCCUACCCAAGCCAGGUGACGGGUGGAGCUGGAGGUAACCAGGACUACAGCUACGAGGGAUACAGCAGUCAGUCCAGCUACGGCUCACAGGGAGGAGGUGGAGGUAGUCAGGGCUUCGGCAGCAGCAGCCACUCUCAGUACCACAACCAAACAGGCUACGGCCGAGGAGACGGCAGCAUGAGCUACCAGUACAGAUAGAGGGUGAGACGGUGUGAGUCAUCGGUACCAGGUGUGCUGCGGUGUCUGGACCAGUCUCCAGAGAACGUUGACGGACUCCUUCCACAGCUUCGUAUGUGCUUUGGUGUUGAUAUUGUAUGUAGCACGCGUGGGCACAAAUGAAACGUCAGACUUGACAUGUGGCUGAGUCCAGUGGUCUGGGUAGAGUUUAGUUCUGUGUUUUAGGUUCUUUCUUUUUUUUUUUUUUGGUUAAUCUGUGUUAGCGGUUCUCCACACCUGAUGUGAACGUCUGCUGACUCAGCACAUUCUUUACUCGUGUGAAACUAAAACAUCUUCUUUAAAGCAACAAAGAUUGUAUUGUUUUUGUUUGAUCCAUGAACCCAGGUCUUUUAUUUGUCGGAUUUUAACAUUGUGUUGGUUAUUUUGAACAUGUUUUGACAGUUACUGGACAGAACAUAAAUGCAUUCUGUGAAAUCCACACGUACUAGCAUUUAGAUGGAGAUGGAUUUGUUCUUGUGAAUGUCAACAGUGUGUAUUAAAGGAUUUUUAUUUUAAAAUGAA